AUGAAACAUCCGUAUGAGGAAUUCCCCACAGGUUCCAAGUCACCAUAUAACAUGUCUAGAGGAGCUCAUCCAGGCGCCGUUUUGCUAUCACCACAAUCUUCUGCCAUAAACAAGAACAAUCCGGGCAGCAAUUCUGGCAAUAACCAGGGCAAUUCAUCCGUGACCGCGAAUGUUUUGUCCCCUCAAUCCCAUAGUAUGUCACUCAAUGACAUGCUUGAUCAGCAAUCCUUUAUGCUAGACACUGCGGGAACCAGGGCUCAGCCGCUCCAGCAACAACAGCAGCAGCAACAACAGCAACAGCAGGCGUCGUUGCCUUCCCUUAAUAUUCAAACAGUUUCGUCUACAGCAGCUGGUUCUGCUAUCGUUUCCCCCAUGAUGCAAUCUCCAAAGGCGUUGCAAUCUACUUUAUCUUCAACAUCUAUGUAUUUGGAUUCAUUUCAGAGAUCUCCAAAUAAUAUUUUGGGUAUUCCAUCGCAGAGUGGUUCAAUUCCUUUGCCGCAAUCCCGUCAAUCGCAACAACAGUCUCAAUCCCAAAAAAACGAUCCGAACAUGGGCACCAAUUUCAGCCAAGACAUCAACCAAUUAUGUUCUUGGAUAUCCAUGCUGAACAGCAGCCAACAAAAUACUGUAAUGGACAAUAUCCUUUCCAUUUUGAAUGAUGAUGUUUUGAAAUAUACUAAGUUAAAAAUAGAGACUUUGACAAACACUCCCUUCAUCUCCCCACCGCUACCUGCAAUUGCAUCACCUAUACCUAAUAGGGAUGACACACAAAUUUUGAAUAUUGAUUCAGUCUUUUCUUCAAGUCCUAUAACUAAUGACCCUGAAAAUACCGAUAACUUGUUGUAUCAAAAUUGGUCCCCUCAGCCACAUUCAAUACCAAUUAGCCAACCCAUAUAUGACAACAUCACCGACGCUAGUCAAAGGUCCAAGUCGGCUGAGCCUCAUGUUAAUUCAAGCCCAAAUCUCAUUCCUGUCCAGAAACAAUUCAACAACGGUAACAGUACCAAAUAUAAAAAGUUGCCAUCAGAGAAUCCCAACUAUCUUUCUCACUCUCUCUCAAGUUCCCAUUCUUUUUUCCAACCAAAGAAAAGGUCUAACAUGGGAAAUGAGUACAAUUCUCAUCACCAUCAUUCAUUGCAUCAUCCUCUGCAUAAUACCACCUCAUAUUUUUCGAAUACUUCAAGACCAUCAGGAACUGAUUUGAAUAAGUCCAACCAGAACGUGUUCAAUAAUACCAUUACGCAUCCUAAUGCUGGUCCUACAAGUGCCACAUCGACAUCUACAUCAUCUAACGGAAACACUCCUUUAUCGAGUAACUCUUCGAUGAAUCCAAAGAGUUUGACAGACCCCAAGCUACUAAAAAAUAUACCCAUGUGGUUAAAAUCGUUAAGACUACACAAGUAUUCAGAUGCCUUAAGCGGAACCCCGUGGAUCGAAUUGAUUUACUUAGAUGACGAGACUUUAGAAAAAAAAGGCGUUCUUGCCUUGGGUGCAAGGAGAAAAUUGUUGAAGGCUUUUGGAAUCGUUAUUGAUUACAAAGAACGUGAUUUAAUUGAUAGAUCUGCUUAUUAA